AUGGAUUCCUCAAGUUUUCCGAUUGGGAAAGAUGUCCUAUCCAUUAUUGGAGUCGGCAUUGCUCUUGUUUUGGCCUUGCCAGUGGUGUUCAUUCUCAACCAGAUCGUCGGCGCUAUCUACCGCAUGACGAUCGGUGAGUGGUUCACACCUUGGAAGCACAUUCCGAAGGUCAAGCAAACGGACCCGCUUGCGUUAUUCUUUGGUGACUUCCGUGCAAUCAAGAGCCAACAGCCUGCUGACCAGCAUGUGAAAUGGAUGAAUGAGCUCGGCCCUGUGUACCGCUACCGUCAUAUGUUCCAGGUGCACCGUAUUUUGCUCGCCGACCCCAAAGCUAUGUCGUACGUUCUCAGCCCCGCCAAAGCCUACCAGUAUCCCAAGCCUGAAUAUACUAGCGCCUUUUUGACUGCAGUGCUUGGUGAGGGUCUUGUGUCUAUCGAAGGUGAAAAGCACGCUCGUCAACGCAAGAUCAUUGCUCCUGCCUUCGCCCCAGGUGUUAUCAAGGAGUAUCAGCCAGUGGUCCACCGUCACGCUAAGGCACUUGUUAAAAAGAUCAACGAAGUUAUUAAGGAGGAGAAUGCUCGUCGUGCAGGAAAGUUUGGUGCUGACCAUCUGCUUGAGGGCCAAGCCCCAUCGGACCGUUCGGUUACCUUGCAGGACCCAGCCCACCAGGCUGUUAUCGAUGUUCUUUUCUGGCUCUCCCGUACCACGCUUGACAUUAUCGGUGAAGUCGGCUUUAGCUUCAUGUUUGAUUCUCUCAACCACGGUGAUAAGGACCCUCUCGCCAAUGCCAUGAACGUCCUGAUGGGCGCUGUUCUAGACCUUGACCUUUCGACUGCCAUCUUGGUCAUUUUGUCCGAGAAGCCUGGUCUCAAAUGGAUCCGAUAUCUCCCAACCAGUCGCCGUAUGCGUAUCAAGAGCGCCAAGAAGACUGUCGAAGAGCACGCUCACGUCAUUGUUGACCGUCUGCGCAACGAAAUCCUUGCUGAGAACCAGGGUGUCUCGAAGGACAUGUUCGAUGACAUGGGUGACUCGCGUCCCAAGUCGCUUGUGUCACGUAUGAUCCGUGCAAACAUGGCCACUGAUCUGAAGGCAUCUGAGCGCAUGUCGAACGCGGAGCUUAUGGGUCAGAUGACCACGCUAAUUAUUGCCGGCCACGAAACCACUGCGACCCAGAACUCUUGGGCCCUCUGGCUGCUUGCCAUGCACCCCGAAGUUCAGGACAAGCUUCGUAAGGUUCUCCAGGAAGCUGUUGCGAAGGAGAAUGCCGAGAAAGACGAUUUGCCGGAAGAAGAGCAAGCGAUCUACGAGUACCAGCCUGUUCGCGACAUCAAUUCUAUCAAGUACUUGGACGAUGUUGUGAAGGAAUGUGUUCGUAUGCUUCCUUCGAUUCCUAGCACUCUUCGUGUUGCUCUUAAGGACGAUGUGGUCCCUCUCUCGCGUCCCUACAAGCGUGUGGAUGGUAAGGGCACUUACAACUCUGUUUUCAUUCCAAAGGGUCAUGAGCUGUUUAUUCCCUUGAACGUGGUCUCUCUUUCUAAGGAUCUAUGGGGUGAAGAUGCUCAAAUGUUCAACCCCGACCGUUGGGACAAUAUCCCUAAGAGCGUGAUUGAUGCGAAGAUGCCUCCUGGUCAAACUUUCUCUUUCCUUGCUGGUCCUCGUUCGUGUGUUGGCAAGGGUAUUGCAUUCCUGGAGACGCAGGUGAUCAUUGCUCACUUGCUUCUGAACUUCAAGUUUGACAUUGUGCCUAACUGGGACCUCAUUCAGCGUCAACAGAUUGUUCGCCGUGCCUUCGUCGAAGGCCAAUGGAAGGAGGGUAUUCGUAUGCCUCUGAUUGUGACACCUCUGAACCCGUAA